GUGUCCCGCGUGGCCCACCAUGAAGCCGGGGCUGGCGCUGGCCGGCCUGGCCUUCCUGUCGGCGCUCGGGGCCGGGGCAGCUCAGCAGAUGGUGGACGACGCCUGCUCCGUGCAGAUUCUUGUCCCCGGCCUCAAAGGGGAUGCUGGAGAGAAAGGGGACAAAGGCGCACCAGGACGGCCUGGAAGAGUCGGCCCCACGGGAGAGAAAGGAGACGUGGGUGACAAAGGACAGAAGGGCGGCGUGGGGCGCCACGGAAAAAUUGGCCCCAUUGGUUCUAAAGGUGAAAAAGGAGACUCUGGUGACAUAGGACCCCCUGGCCCUAAUGGAGAACCAGGCAUCCCAUGCGAGUGCAGCCAGCUGAGGAAGGCCAUCGGUGAGAUGGACAACCAGGUCACCCAGCUCACAGCCGAGUUAAAGUUCAUCAAAAACGCCGUCGCCGGCGUGCGCGAGACGGAGCAGAAGAUCUACCUGCUGGUGAAGGAGGAGAAGCGGUACGUGGACGCGCAGCUGGCCUGCCAGGGCCGCGGCGGCACGCUGGGCAUGCCCAAGGACGAGGCCGCCAACGGGCUGCUGGCCGCCUACAUCGCGCAGGCUGGCCUGGCCCGCGUCUUCAUCGGCAUCAACGACCUGGAGCGGGAGGGCACCUUCGUCUACGCGGACCGCUCGCCCAUGCAGACCUUCAGCAAGUGGCGCGGCGGGGAGCCCAACAACGCGUACGACGAGGAGGACUGCGUGGAGCUGGUGGCCUCCGGCGGCUGGAACGACGUGGCCUGCCACCUCACCAUGCCCUUCCUCUGCGAGUUCGACAAGGAGCACGUGUAGUGGGGCCCUGCUUCUCCAGGGUCGGCCGGGCCACCUUGGCCACCGGGUGGCUGCCAGCUGCCAUGGCGGGUGGGAGGCUCUUCCCACCACCUGGUCCCCAAGCAGGAGCGCGGGGUCCCCGGUAAAGGCUUGGAGAGUGGUGCAUGCUUAGGUGAAAAGACAGUGUUUCUGGGUAUUAUUUCUGACUUACUACUUGUAUUGUAGCCAGAAUAUUCCUCCUGUAAUUAUUACUCAAAGUAUGAAAUGAACUCUUUAGGUAUUACAAUGGUUAAGCACAAACAGCGGUAGUGAGGUCUUCAAUAACUAUCUUCCUUUUAAUUUGUAUCAUGUAUGGAAGAGAAUCCUCAACUUCAAUCAUUGCUUCUGUAAGUUAUAUUAAAAUGUACGUUCCUUUUCACUAUUAACUAAGUAGAAACAAUUUUGCUUCCCUGCAAACCCAGAUUUCAGGAGAAAGAAAAGUAAAUGCUCUGAA